AUGGAAAAAUCUUCAUCAAACCCUACUACGCACCUGGAACAACAAUCGAGAUUCACGGAACCGGAGGUGGAAGCGGCGUUGCAACUUAUUCAACUCAGCGGCGAGUCCGACGCUUAUUUUCAGGGUCACGGGCUCAGUAUUUCCUCCGGCGAGGUUUUAGCGACAAUAUCGAUGAAGAGAAGAAAAAAGGAAGUCGUUGGUGAUCAUGACGAAAGUCAAGGGAGUAGUACCUCUGAUAUAACUUCGGCGGUGAGAAGAUUCUUUGUUCCGAGAUUUGAAGCGGAGGGAGACGAUGAGGAUGAGAAUAACGAUGUCGCCGGAAGCAGGAGAAGGAAGAGGAAGAAGUUUCGAUCUGUUAUCGAACUCUAUAAGAUAAGUAGCUGA